AUGUUGAAGAAAUACGGAAAUUUCAUCAAGUUAGGUAAAAUCGACGAAUGUAUACAAUGGGCAGAGUCAUCAAUUGACCUUUGCCAGUACAAACCAGAAGCAGAAGAAUACACUCAACCACACGAAAGCCGCCAAUUAAUUCAUACACGCUCACAACAAGUCCUUCCAGCAAACAUGGCAUUCCCUGUCUGUUAUGAGGAGAAAUAUCCAGCAAACCGUCAACUUGUUCACUUCCAGUCUAUGGGCGAUGCUGAGCAAUAUUUCGGCUUGCAUCAACGCCUAUAA